GUUCAGUCUCCUCCCACCGGGCGGCCGCUAGAAGGAGCUCGGUGACGGGGAGGAGGACCAGCCGCUGCCCGGCAGUCAUCGAGGAGCGACCGCGCCUGUGUGUGUGUGUGUGUGUGUGUGUGUUUGUGUGCGUGUGUGUGUGUUGGGGGGCAGACGGGGGCUGGACCACCACGGAUAACAUCAACAAGGCGCCCUUAAAGGUUGCAGCCGUUACAGUGACAUGGGCCUCAAACGUGACUACACACCCUGCAGAGCCAACACGGGAGCCUCGCCUGAACUGCCCAGUAGAAAAUGACUCAGAGGAAUGGAUUCAGAGAGACGAGCGAACGCUGCCUCCACUUGCAGGCCUCUGUGGUUUGUGAGCAGGCCAACGGCAUGGAGCAGGAGAACGGUGCGGAGGCCAACGACUGCGAGUUCGAGGAGGGCGGACCGGGCAAAGCCAGGGCCAUGACGGGAGCGGUCGUAGCUCCUGAUGGCGGCUGGGGCUGGGUGGUGCUGGUUGCCACGAUCUUGGUCCUGGCUCUGACCCUGGCGUUCCCCUCCUGUGUGGGAAUCUUUUACACCGACCUGCAGAAUGACUUCCACGCCUCCAACAGUGAAACCUCCUGGGUGCCCUCCAUCAUGACGUCAGUGCUUCAUGCGGGAGGUCCUUUUUGUAGCGUGCUGGUGGAGAGACUUGGUUGCCGGGCGACGGUCAUGUUGGGCGGAGUCCUGAGUGGGCUCGGAAUGGCUGCCAGUUCAUUUACCCAGUCCAUCAGCCAGCUCUACAUCACAGCCGGGGUCGUUACAGGUCUUGGUUUCUGCUUCAGCUUCCAGCCAGCUGUGACGAUCCUCGGGCACUACUUUGUGCGCCGCCGUGCGUUCGCCAACGCCAUGUCGUCGACAGGCACCGCUCUGGGCCUGUGCACGCUACCUUUCCUGGGUAACUACCUCCACACAGAGCUGGGCUGGAGGGGCAGCUUCCUGGUUUUGGGGGCCGUCCUGCUGAACUGCUGCGUGUGCGGAGCUGUGAUGAGGCCCCUGCAGCCCGCCAAACAUCGUGGCCAGCCGCUGAUGAACCAUGGACCUCUUCCACCGGAGGAGGAAAAAGUAAAGAAGGAGAAAGGGCUGCUGAGGACGAUAUGGAGCUACUUGGUGGCUUCCAUGAGCAAACACAUGGCCUUUGAUCAGUUCUGCAACAACUCUCGUUACUGUGUGUACACUAUAGGCAUCACCUGGAUGAUGCUGGGCUUCGUGGUGCCCUUGGUGUAUCUGGUUCCCUACGCCACAGCAAACAACAUGGAGCAGAGCCGCGCCGCACUGCUGCUCUCCAUCCUGGGCAUCGUUAACAUCGUGGUGCGCCCGCCCAUGGGCAUCAUCUUUAACCUGCCCUGGUUCAAAGGGCGACACAUUUACGUGUUUGCCAUGGCUCUGCUGGUCAACGGGCUCAGUAACAGUAUCUGCUGCAUCGGGCCGAGCUUCAAAGUACUGCUGAUUUACGUGAUAGUCUACGGGCUGUCCAUGAGUGUGGUGGGGUCGCUGAUGUUCACCGUCCUCAUGGAUACCGUGGAGAUGAGCCGCUUCCCCUCAGCUCUCGGCCUGCUCGCCAUCAUGGAGAGCAUCACGCUGCUCAUCGGGCCUCCACUGGCAGGAGUCCUGGUGGACAAGACGGGCCAGUACUACCACGUUUUCUUCGCCUGCAGUGCCGUCGUUGCCUCAUCUGCCGUGUUCCUCAUGGUGUCUUUCUUCUGGCUCGCCAAAAGGGACAGGAAGUCGUUAAUGCAGGGUCAACCAUCAGCACCGCCUGAACCAGCAAGACCCGUCGACAUAGUUCCCAGCUGUCAGUACAGCAGUGUGCCCACAGAGGGAGACAAAGACAAGGCCUCGGCUAACGGGGCAGAGUAUAUCACCAGCGUCUGAGCAUGCUCACACAUCACACUCUGGUCCACACCGUCUUUAGAUUAUUCUGUAAUGUUUGUGUGAGCCUGUCCGGUGUACCAGAUGUUGCAGAGUUUGCUCUUCUGUGGCUGAGCAACACCUCACCUCUCGAGCAACAUCUGCCAUCUGGUGCACCAUAAAGGUCAAAACAAACACUAUGAAUAAUUUUCACUGUGUGACCGAGGUCAGACACUUGAUCCUACGUACCAAAAUGGAACAGAUGUGCACUUACAAUGUGAUUGUACUGUUUAUUGUAACAUGCUGCUGAUCUUAUCGCCGUGAUCACACAAUCUAUCAUAUAUGAGCUAGCUCACUUUGUCAAGCCAAGAGACGUUACAUGAUCUUUUGUUGAGUAAAUCACUCGGUAUACUUUCUAGAUAUUUGAUAGAAUGAGGAGCUUACAGACAGAAAAGAAUGAGUAGGUAGCUAGAGAUUGACACAGUAUCCCAAGCAGUUGUAGUCAAAUACAGAGCAAAUUUAGCAGUAAUAUAAACAUGUGAAAUCAAACUGAAGCAAACACAAUGAAGCAUAAUGUCGCUCACAGAGAAUACUUCAUCAUAGGGAUGCACCUUUUUUUUGGUUCCCAGUUUUGUGCCAAGAGGUUAAAGGAAUACCUGAAGUGUUUUGAAGUAAUUCAGCCUUUCACCACACUUACAAAGAUGGCGUAGUAGUUAGAUCUUUGACAGAGCAUGAAUCUCAAUCACACAAACUUGGAAAACAAUUCAAUAUAACGUGGAAGGUUAGGUCAUAGCUAGGUAGAACCAGUGGGAUUUGUCCCAACUGUUCCUGAACGCACCACAGAGACAAAUGAUCUGUUCUGAUCUGCAUUGAUUUGUAGUAUAGGGCUACAGAUACAAGACACUAACACGCCUUUUCUCCCCAUUCCAGUCUCCCUCUCUUUCUGUCUUUCACAUCUUUAUUUCCUCCCACUGCGUCUACCGUGUGAUGGGCACUGAUAGGUUGAAAUCAGUCUUGUGAUGUUGGAAAGGCGCCUUGCAAUGAUGCCAAAUAAAAAAACAACCCAUAAUUCUCCUGAAAUGCAUUCAAACUAAAGAAAUAAGCCUUGCCAAGUUUUGAAAAUGUGAGGAGGAGACUGUUCAGACAUUUGUGUUCAGAUGUACGAAGGAAAAGUCAGUACAAAUACCCGAAAAGUAUGCUUAAGUAUUGUAAUGAAGUAUUUGUGCAUCCUUGAGUAUAAUCUCUGCAUAGUCUUAAAUACUAAUCGCAGGGAUGUCACGAGUCAGUACCUCCUGAGAUUUUGUCAGAUCUCAUAAACACAAGCUACUGCUGUUGGUGUCAGCUGUCGUAUUUAUUAACGGUCAACAGGGCAAUGAAUUGUUGGCUGAUGAAUUGGUGCAUCCCAACUUCAUUAUUAAGAGUUAAUGUGGAUUAAAGGAUGAAGUUGUUAUUCUACCAAAGCCAGCUCUGUGUUAGCAUGUUUGAAUUUAAAGGAAAUAUCAGCCUUUGACCCACAGUACUUGUUCAAAUAUACAUUUAGUGUUGCUUUUUUGGUCUUUUUGGGAUAUUUUUGACAAUAAGAAAAAUCACUGGACUUAUUUUUUAAAUGACUGACUUGUUCCAGUAGGCAGAACGGGAUAUAGAAAACAAGAGUGCUGUCUUUCUGCCUCUUCUUGACAUCUUCAUGAUCUUUAAAGUAGAAUGUAUGUAAUGUAUUUUCUCAGUUAUGUGAGACAGCAUAUUACACCCAUGAUGACACGUUUGGGUUGCUUUGGAUCACUGAAGGUGGAUAUAUAAAAGAAAAUUCUGUUUGUCAUUCACUGUCACAUGUAGAAUAUGUACUGUGUAAGCAGCAAUUAAUCAUGUUUUUGUGUUUCCCUUCUCAUUCCUUAAUGGAACAGUGCCUUUUUGUAUAACUGGUGUAUUUCUAAAGAUAACCACAGGAAAAUAUCACAAUUUCAGAUGAUUUCAUAUUAAAGGUCAACUUGAACGUGG